AUGCUAGAUUUCGUGCUCCGACCAACAAAAGAAAAUGCCCUCCGCCCUUUUUGUCGGGUGAUCCCAUCUGCCGUUGUUCCAAUUCACCUCACACUGGUGGGCUUCCUCUUCGGGCUGGCGUCUUGCAGUUUCACAGCGAUUUGGGGUAACAGCCAUGCAACUAAAGACGUCGUAAUCUCUGUGGUCCUCUGGCUAUUGAACCGCUUCCUGGACAGCCUAGAUGGUUCGUUGGCACGCGAGAGGAGAACUGUUACGGAAGCCGGUGGCUUCAUAGAUCUUCUUUGCGAUUUCCUUAUAUAUUCUUUGAUCCCACCGGCCGUCGCGCAUGGAGAAGACCGCUACCGUUCCCGAAACAUGGGAUUGCCGCCCGUGAAUUGGAGGAGUGUUGCAUACCUCGAGGUUACAUUUCAUAUCAACAAUUUCCUGCUUUUCUAUGCUGCAGCUGUGGCCGCGAAAGUGGAGUUCGAUCACAACGGACAACAGAAGUCGGCAGAGCUGACGAGCGUGGUAUUGCGACCAGCACUGAUUGAAGGGUUUGAAAGCGGGAUCAUGUUCACCAUCAUGCUUGCUUUUCCGAGUUACAUUGAAAGUGUGGCAUGGGUUAUGGGCUGCACAGUUACUGUGGGCAUCAUCCAGAGGGUAAUGUACAUAGUACCCGCCCUGGUAAAGCUGGAUCAGAAUCGAGUCAAGAAAUCGGGAACGAGAUAA